GGUUUUCUGCGUGUGUGUGUCUGUGUGUGUUGCGGUGAGUUGCGAGUGGGGGCGGUGAAAGUUUAUACAGAGCAGCAGCAGCAGAGGAGCAGAAGCAGCAGAGGAAUAAAAAAAAGGCGAACAGGCGGAAACCCGACCGGCUUAUCCAGCCAGAGCCGACGUACGUACAGAAAUCCUCGUUCAGCUCGGACACAUCUCGUGAGAUGACGAUUUUAACGAUGACUGCCACGUUCUUUUACUACCUCUUGGCGUACACGGCCAUCACGUGCAACUCGCAAGAAGUCACGGGCGAUGAGAGCGAGGAGGAGCUGUCCAUGCGCGCCAUCUGCACGAUGGACAGCGAGAUUGGGCCCUGCCGGGCCCUCAUCCCGCGCUUCUUCUACAACCGCUACACGCAGCGCUGCCAGGAGUUCGACUUUGGCGGCUGCAACGGCAACGCCAACAACUUCGAGACGUACAAGGAGUGCCGCAUGGCCUGCAGGACAGUGCAGAGGGUGGCCAAGAAGUGCCGCUUGGAGCCGGAGACUGGCCGCUGCCGGGCCGCCAUCACGCGCCACUUCUACAACAUGACCACGGGCCAGUGCGAGAGCUUCGUCUUCGGCGGCUGCGGAGGCAACGACAACAACUUCCGCACCACCGAGGAGUGCGUGGAGAGCUGCAGGCGCCCCAAGACCAGAGGGAUCCCCAAGAUCUGCCUGUGGCCGGCCGCGCGGGGAAACUGCGAGGACAAUAAGCCGCGCUACUUCUACAACGUGGAGAAGCAAGCGUGCGAGACCUUUCACUACAGCGGCUGCGAUGGCAACGACAACAACUUCGCGAACGAAGAAACGUGCAAGCAUGUCUGCUCCAAGGACAUGAGAGCCUCAACUUCGAUGAUCCAACCCAGAGGCAAACCAUUCGCCAGCCGGAUGAGAGCGGGCAUGAGGACCAGGGAGUGGAGGAUGAAGCAAAAACAACUUCGGAAGAACGGUGAACGAGCUGACCGCACGGAGCAUCGAGGGCAGAACUGACAAGAGUAGACAAUCGCAGCGCCGUCUGUAGUCGCGAGGUCGGUUGGGUUUCAUAGCAAGAGGCACAGACCGUAUAAUUGACGUACUUACUUUUUUAAUUAACCCGUUUCACCACUUUCGGUUGCGCCGGCCUAACUCAACGGAAACGAAUGUGGCUGCGUGUGAAAGGAAGUGACUUGCGUCGAGGUGGGGUCACCGAUGUUGAUGGUUCAGGUGGCGGCGGCUCUCCAGUUAACUACAUUUAAAAGUCACGCGCCCGUUCUUAUUAAACGCAAUGCGCCUAUCCCUCGCAUCGGCAUCUGCCGUCUCCUGCGCAUUUCUUACUCGCAGUAUGCGCAUACUUAGUUGUUAUUUUCAACCCCCGCCCUCCCCCCGAUAUCAUUACAAAUUAGUGCUGUCGGUUAUCGCGUGUCGCGAGUCAAAAAAAACAUCCAUUUGGAAAUCUUGCGGAGCAGAGAAGCAUCCCUGAGAACGGCUGCUGUGUAAGAGAUUUUGGAAGGCGCCUUUUAAUUCUCUAUGCGCAGCAGGGGGGGGGGGGACACUGUCCUGCACGCUCGGCCACGCAAGUAUCACGUGACCGUCAGACCCCCCGUAUGUUUCAUUCUCAGUGCCUGGGAACUUAGCCAAAUUGAGUGCAAAACCUAAUUUGACGCGAUGUGUUAUUUGUGCGGUCAUUCGUUACUGGGUCCAGACUCUCAACUUGCGAGCGCUGAAUAAGUACCCGGUUAAUCACGGAUGUGUGAAACCCUGGAUUUGAACCCAGGUUCUCAGCAUUGCCUGCUUAGUGCUCUGACCUCUGACCAACUGGCAACGUGAAAAAAUAGUCAUCAAGUUAGAGGUGCAGCCCUGCAAAUCCUUGCUCAUGCCACUGCUGGCAUUGGGGCCUCCCCUAGAGAACGCUCCAGAGGGGACAGAAUUUGGCCUACUCUUCCAUGCUCACCAGAUGUCUUGGAAGCAGCGGGGAGUACCCACACUGGCGCCAUUGUUUCGCCCGCCAAAAUCGAAAGGUCAAAUCGAACCGGUGACCUCUGGAUAUGCGAGUGCGGUGUGCUAACCGCUACAUCACGGGAGUGGGUUUGGUGUUUUCAUAGCACGCAUAGCUGGUUUAAACACCGCCUGCCAGUGGACUGUAAUUGGUUCGUACAGCGACCUGAGCGAGGGACCUCCCCCCCACGUGCUCUUUUGCGGCCAGCGAUGGAAUGCAUCGCGAUUGAUCUGGCAAAAUAUAUAUUUUUUAAGGUCUAACCCGGCGCUGGCCACUAUCAUCGACACUCGCGUAACCUCCGUCCCGUCCGCCGUUCGUUGUUACACAAAAAAAGAAACGGAACUGAGCAGAAACAUGACGCAAACGAGCGGAGGCUCGGCUUUCGAGAUGGACAUUAUUUUGUUAAAUCGUUUUAAAUCAGGUGUAAUUGAGUUUUAUCGCCUAAAUUAACAUUUCCAAACGGACUGAGAAUGUAGGCUCUUGUUGCGUGCGGUUAUGCACUGCGAUCUAAUUAAGCCAUCAACAGGCAUUAUAUUUGCAAUGGUUACCACGCGGUGUACGAUAGGUGUUAGAAGUCUUUAAAUCAGCGGUUCUGAACCCAUCUGGGGGUGGGGGGGGGGGGGGGGUAAAGGCGGGCUGUGUGGACAAGGGGUCUCCCUCCACUUGGGGGACCCGCCAGAACCCAAAAACAACAGUCGGGCCACUUACCGGGGUGAUUCGUUUCAGAAUGCGUUUCCACCAAAUUUCAGUAGAAUCUUUCCAACUCUGACAAAUCUUACCUAGCAAAGUGUCUUUCGUGCAAGUUGUCCGCAUCGCCAGCGACCAGUGUCGCGACGCAACGCUGGUCAGGAAAAAGCCACCCUGGUGUCGCUGCCCCGUUAGGAGACCUGCGAAACAAAAGAGCUUCCAUGGCUCAACGCAUUCCUCGGGUCUAAAGGGAAAGCUUUUCGGAUCCUGAGCAAAUUCCCCCAUCGCACGGUUCGCCCGGCGUCGCGCCUGCUGGGCUCGCGUCCGAGCGAGAGCGCCAUUCCCAACGGCAGCUCUCUCCAGUAAAACGUUCGACGUUCUGCGUUAAACGGCGAUGACGACGACGACGCGAGCGUGGGGUGACAGGUGACGGGGGCCGGGGCGACGGCGGCAUCUUGACCCUGUGUUCACGUGCAACGACGGUUCGCGUCGCAUUGCUCCCACGCCGUGAGUCACCGUCAUCCCAUAUCCAAUUCCGCAGCUCUGAUUGCCGUUGUGGGAUUACGCCGCUGCGGAGCGAUUUAAUCAUCGCCGCGCUCAAUUUUUGCCGAAUCGCAUUCCGUCGUGGCCGCUGCUCCGUCCAUCAAUUGGACGUCAGCUUCUCGCCGCCAUUGAUAAAAGGUGGCGAGGUUAAAGGCGCAGCCCUGCAAUGUCUUUGUCUCGCUCAACUGCUGGCGGAAGGGCCCUCCUCCAGAGAGAGCUCUCGAGGGGCCCCGCAAGACUUACAGUGAUUCUGCGACUCAAGUCUCAUUUGGAAGACUCACCUGGGUGACCAAUAAUGCCAGGGAGGAUUAAAAUAAAAUACACUCCAGGGGGGCACUAUAGAGAGCGCCCUCUGGAGGAUAUUUUACCGACUCCUCCACGCUAAGAUGUCCCGAAAGAUGGAGUACCCACACUUCACCCCACCACACGCAAACCUGCUGAACGCCUAAUAUGUUUCCAUUGCCAUGACUCUGCUCUAUCUUUCCGGUGGGUGCGGUUCCCAUUAGAUCAUCGCCACCGGCUGCGUUAACAGGAAAAACAUUAUAAUUGACCAACGCAAAAUGCGAGCGGCGCUCCGAUGUACUUUCUCGGAGUUGUGCCUCACGCUCCGCACGAUGUUCCAAACUUUUCGCCCCACGUGCUGCGAGCUUCCUCCGGGAACUCACCGUGCCGAACAUUACGCGCGGCACAACCCGAAAACACAUUGGAGAGCUGUGCCGCACAACCGCGAAAAACCUACGCGCACAGUCGUAAAUGCGGCCGUGGGUUUUUCCAAUAAACACAAACACACACACACAGAUCGACGAACACGCUGUGAUUUUGCGAUGUCCUCGUGCUAUUAAUGUGCCUGUCAGUGGACGUAGCGUGGUUGGUAUGGGCCCUUGUGCAAGGGAGGGAACGCCCCCACCCCCCACUUCCACCCCUGUUGCCCACUAUUAGAUUUGCCCUCACCCCCCUCUUCACAGCCCAGCACCCGAACCACUCUGGCCUGUUGGUCUCAGUGCAGUUGUACCGCCUGCACCGCUUCUCACAGCCGCGCCGCUGGUGCCCAUGUUUUUGUUGAGGGUGGCGGGUAAUUCCUUGCACGGUGGAAGAAUUUGAAUAAGAAGACUCGUAGACACCGCGGGUGUGUGUAUGUUUGCGGUGUUCGCUGUGAAGUUGCGUGUACGCUCACUAAUUGUUUUUCUAAGUACCAAUGACGGUGCCUGUGGGGUACUUCCCCGCGAAGGAAACCAGACGAUUGUGAAUGUAUAUGUAAAUGUACAGCGGCGUAUAGCAAAUCGGGACGUUAUUAAAUUGAAUUCGGUUCGGGGUUAAUUUGUUCAAUUCAAGAUACCAGGAGAGCCUCGUUAGCAAGUGAUCCGGGUCACCAAUAUUGUGCAAAAGGACUAAAACUAAAUUCGGUCAGGAGAAAUAAGCAAAAAAAUCGGGGUAGAACAACCACGUUACAGGCAAAAAUAAAAAAACAUACUGCACAUAUAUACUUAUAUAUUACAAUGUUAAAUUAACUUAAACUACCCGUAGCAUAUAAGCUGGCUUGGUUAAAUGAUUAUUCAUGACCCAAUCCUCAUUCACUAUCAAAAUAAAACUGAUACUGUGCAGUCGCCCUUCGAGUCAAUCCGCUGCAAGAAGCCUUACCCUCCCCUUUCCCCCACGCCACGUCGAUCAUGGGAGUUGUUUGACCAUUGGGCUGUUGCAGUGGCCGGUCAGUGCGUGUUGGCGAGGUGGAGCAGAGGUGGCCCAGCACUGGCUUUAUGCGUCACCCCCCCUCCACCACCGACGUUAGCCACGUGGCAGGCGUUGAACUGUCGGAUGUGUGCUGGGGUUUGGAGCGCAGCGCGUGACACCACUGGGGUCAAUGCCUGUCGGGUCACAGUCACGCGUUGAGAUGGACGUCGAUUGGAGCGUUGAGUGUGUGCGUCGCGCGAAAAGAGUUUUUUUGGGAUUUGGAGAAAGUAAAAAAAAAGACAAGUGCAUUCAUUUUGGGGCUGCGGGAGCCACUCCUCUGAGCGAGCACCUUCCUAUGACAGCCCGCAAGGCCAACAGAUGGGGCGUUGUGGUCUUAGAUUUGAAGCUUUCGUGACUGCAAGGAUUCAUACUCUUAGGUUUUUUCGGUCAAGUCACGUAGGUAAAAAAUAAAAAUAAUAGAAAUAAUAAUAGAUUCAUAAUUUUAUUUCUAUUAUUAUUUCUAUUAUUUUUUUACCUACGUGACUUUACCGAAAAAACCUAAGAGUAUUCGUCAGGUCGUGUUGUGUUGUCGAGCGGUCGCUUCAUCUUGUGAGGACCCUCUUCCUCGCUUGCAUUAUGAGACGCUGCGGCAUGCAAGACCCGCACCAAAACGUGUGCCCUGCGUCAAUGUGUGUACUCGUCCGAUCAAUUACACGCUCACACCUCUGCACGCGGAUUACAAGAUGCACGUAACACGUUUUGCUUAUAAAAUACCGAUUAAAAAAAUAUAUAGUGCGUCUUAUAAUCCAGAUAGAAUAUACGGCAGUGGUGAUCUUAACCGUGGCAGAAUUAGUGUUGUUUUAUCGUCUGUCAUGGUCACCAAACACUAUGGCUUAACGGCACGACGAGUAUAACUCACGUCGUAUUUUGUUCGUCGUGUUCGUCUCACUAAAGAAAAGUUGUAACGUGAUUUUGUUGUUUUUGUUGUUAUACGCUUGCAAAAAAAUAUAUUUUAUUUUCACACUUCAGUAAUCGAUGCACUACAUUUUUCUUCUUAUAGAGCAACAAACACAAAAUCCGAGUUAUGUUCACCAUGUAAAUAAUAAAGGGCACUAAACCAAAAAC